AAAUAAUUAUAUGCUUAGGUUUUUUAUAGGCAUUUUCUAUCUGCUUUGUGUAGCAGAGUGCUUCUUCAAGCCAGUUAGAGUUACAAGGGAUUUUACAACUGUAAAUGCCAUUGGCUACAGCAAUUUGUUUGAAUUGAAGUGAUAUAUGUGUUCAAAUACAAAUCACAAGUCAAAACAGUGCUACAUUUGGCUGAUUAUAAAAGGUAUAAGUGGUAAAAUGAAGAGCCAUUUGGGAGCCUAGAGUCAGGCAAAUGACACCGAUGAAGGAAACAUUUCACAUUGACUGCAUACUAAAUCAAACAAUAUUUCAUCCUCUACUCAACUAAAAAAAUGAACUUGAUGACCGUUUUACUGAUCCUUUAUUUGUUUGAGAUUAUUUUCUAGAUUUACUGGUCCCAGCUUCUAAGUGGACAUUUAUCAUUAGACAUAUUGGGGCUGGAGCAACUGUUCUAUUUGGAAAAAAACAAAACAAUCAUUGGAAAUAAAUUAUCACUUGUUUAUACCCUAAAGAGAUCAAUAGAAAUAUUACACAAAUAGCCUACACUACAAGUCUCAGGAAUAAUAUUAGAGGAGCAGGCCUUUUAUACCUUUGAAAAAUACCAUGUGAAAUGAAGCCUUAAUGCUACAAACACUCACCUAGUAGCCCUCUAACGUCAGCUCUCUGGGCUCCCAAUGCCUCUUCAUUUGAUCACUUAUACAUUUCAGACUAAUUUAGCGCUGUUUUGACUCUUCUUGGUGAGCAUCACUAGCAGGCAGACCAUCUCACUACAUACCGAGCGGUGAUUCAACUGAAGGCAGGAAACAGAAGAGAAGCAUCUCGCCUCCGUUUUACUCUUUGGUGAUUAAGAGUCUAACCAGGAAGUAAACCACAACAACGGGCCAAACUGGAUGUUUUACAAUCUCCGUCAUGCAGCAGUAACAUGUUAGACCACAGAGACGGAUGGGACAGAAGAAGUGCGUUUAAUAACUAGCCAGUAAACGAGAACAACCUUUGUCAAAGCCGUCAGCUGGUGUGUGUGAAACUGAGAUUUCCCUCUGAUGGAGAUGUUCUGAUUUAAUACUGCAGCAGUCCUAGUCUGACCGGAUUGAUCCCGGAGGGAUUACAGCGGCCGCUUCUUUAGUUCCGUCGACAACAGCCACUGAAGGCUACUGAUGCAACCUAACUGGUUUUUACCUUCAAAACAACCAUUUUUAAUAUACAUGCGCUGUUAUCGCUGAGAAAAGGUGAACCGACCACAUGCUUUAACUUUACCUGCGGAACGGAAGUAGUAAACCUUGUGUGGUGUCGCUUGACUAAGGUCAUGGUGAUCAGAUCACAUAUCUGUCAGGUAUCUGUCCGCUCAGCCUUCAUUACUAAAUGAUUAUGGAGCUACUGCAGGCUCUGGACAGAACACACGGCCCGUCCAUAGCCUCUGGAGCCGGCAGGUAGCCCGGCAGGUGGUCCAGCAGGUGAUCCGUUAGGUAGCCCGGCAGGAGGUCCAGGUCAUGCCGUCUGAUGUGGAGUACAGCCCGGUGGGAGAGGGGCUGGGCAUGAAGGACUUCUGGCUCUAUGUGUGGCUCCGGAGGGCGGCGGUGAUCGCGGCUCAUGUCACCGGUCUGGGCCUGACCCUCAUCAUCUCCCUGCUGUCCAGACCCGGAACCAGUCUGUUUUCUUGGCAUCCAGUGUGUAUGUCUGUUGCGUACUGCCUGUGCAUGACUGAAGGUAUCCUCCUCUUCUCAGCUGAAGGGUCCCCCUUUUGCUUCAAAUCUAGGAAGGGUAAAGUCCGUUUCCACUGGUUCUGUCAGGCUCUGGUCCUGAUAGCUGCGGCUACUGGGCUGGGCUUUAUGGUGGCCAGCAAGAAUGUGUCAGAGCUCCCCCACCUGGUCACGUGGCACAGUUUGCUGGGCGUCUGUACUUUGGCUGCCACGGCGCUCCAAGCAGCUUGUGGUAUCUGUGUGAUCUUCCCUAAGCUACUGCACCUGUCCUCUCCACUGAGGCUGAAGCUGAAGCUGUACCACGCCACCUGUGGCUUGGUAGUCUACCUGUUGGCCACAGUGACUGUGGUGUCCGCCAUGUUAUCAGACUGGUUCCAGGCCACAGUGAAAGGGCUGGCCUGGUGGGCCUUCCUCUUGCUGCCCCUCUUCCCAGCCCUAGUGGUGAUGAACCAGAUCACUAAUGCUUUCCUGCCUCGCAAGAAGAUCACCAGCUAGAAAGCAUACAACACAAGGCAGAUUGUCUUUAUUCCCUCAGUGUCCAUUCUGGGUUAACUUUGUAGUUAGAGGCUCAGAGUUAGAUGGAAGCAGGAGUCUUCUGCGAAAGCAACUUUUAAGAUAAAAUAACUAAAGCAAACAGCUUAACAUGCUGGUAGUCCCACAGACAGUAGAAUAUGAAACACGAGUGUCUCUCUCACACCAUAGGUAUCUGGAGAGUUUACUGCUUGCCAUAUUGGUCGUUAGUUACCGAAGUCAGAAGAUUUUAAUUUGGCAGAAGAACAGAGUCUGUGGCAAGAUGUGCUAUAACACCACAUUUGAUUUUGAUACUUUUUUCUCAGUAACAAUCAUCAUCAAUCAGUUUGUACCCUCAAAUUUAUUUAUGCACACAUUAUUUGAUUUCUCCACUCAAAUCAAGUUACAGUUAGUUUUAUCUAGGACAAAACCCAGAGUGUUAAUAGCAGGCUAGCAGCUGUAUUUUUAGUUUGGAGAGUUACUGCAUUUAUUGCAUUUAAUACAUUAAUUAAGUGGUCUGUUUUAGGGUACUAUAUAUACAUUUUGUGCAGAAGUUAUUAAUUGGAUGGUAUGCACUACUGUGUUGUGUGCAGUCACACUUUAACACUGGUUACUUCAAACUGACAUCCUGGCUGGCUCAUGCUGAAAGAAGCAAAACAAAAGGAACUCUCAAAGAAUCUAAUAACACUAUGCACAAUAUGCGGAUUACAAUGCCAUGUAUACACACAUGGAGCAGGACACAGUAGGCUAUGGUCAUCCUCACAAACUACUGGAGGAAAUUGCGUUUGCAUCAUCACCAUUGCAUAUCCAGAGGAAUAUUUGCACCACACAUGCAGUGAAAUCAGAAGUCUCAAAGACGGUGGCACGGUGCAUGUGGGUUUCUGAAAGGAUAUAAAGAUCUAAUGCUGUUUGUGUGAGGACACAAGCUGUGAAUAAUUAAUUACCAGCCUAUAGUUCUAUUUAUUUGUACAUUUAUGAUCUUUUUGUGUUGUCUCUCUUGGCUGCUUACAGGGGCUAAAUGAAACAUUUUAGCAUUUAAGUUCCAUUAAUCAAUAUUUCUUAUAUUAAAACUGAAUCAAAUGAAAUCAUGUGAAGUGGAAGCGUUCACUUGCAGUAACACAGCCCCUUUAGCUCAUUCUUUUGUUUUUACAGCACAUCUUAGGUUUGGUUCAGUUCAAGGCUCUAAUCAACCCAAGCAAAAUCACUAACUGACAAACCCACUUCACAUUACCUGCUCUGCACCAGGCGGAAGACAGAAACUGUCAGAAACUAGCUGGUGAACAUAGCAAAGCAUUUAGCAGCUAAAGAUUGAUAUUUUUCACACUAAAUGGUGGAAACCAUAAACAGAGCUGAAAGGAGAGUGACUAUUGGACAUUUUGACAUACAUUACGUGAACACAAACAACACUCCAAAGAAAUUCUAAUAUUGAUGUAGAGUGUGUCUGCCUCAGUUGUCACAAAAUGAAUCAGUGCAGCUUUAACUCUUUGAUGCACAACAUAUUAACACCCCUUCUAAUGCACAACACGGGUCAAAAAUGACCCGCAUUCAUCCCCCAUGUUAUUUAAUGCUUGCUGUGUGUUUCUGUGCUCUAUCUUUUGAUAUCAACUCAUUUUAUGAUUGAGUAUUCCAAGUAUUAUUUAAAUAUCUUGUUUUUGAUAACAACAGAUCAUUAUUUCCAUUUUGCUUCUCAUACUUUAUGAAGAAAAACGUUUUUGUAUUAUUACAUAGCUAACUUUUUGGCUAAGUAGCUUGCUAAGCUAACUACUUAGCCAAGAAGUUAGCUAUGUAGUUAGCUUAGCAAGCUACUUAGCCAAGAAGUUAGCGGAGUAUUUAGCUUAGCUAGCUACUUAGCUAAAAAAUGGAUAUGAGUCAUUUUCGACCCACGUUGUGCAUUAGAAGCGUAGUGACACAAAAAGGGAUUUUAUUCAAAAAAUGAAUAAAGGAAAACACGAAAUUUGAAUGUAUGAUGAUCAAAAACUGAGGGAAACCUGAAAUACUGAAUGAUGAAAAUAAUUUAUUGCAAAGAUAUAGAACAUAAAAACUCCAUCGGGUCACUUUAGACCCAUGUUGUGCAUCAAAGGGUUAAUAGGGGCUUGCCAUAAGGAGCAACCAAUAUAUUGCAUAUUGUUUAUUACAUCUUACACCGAGCCACUUGGUUGGAAUUUCGAGGUGAGUUUCUGAGAAUGCAGUCAAUGCAAAAUGGUCCAACAGGGCAACACACAUGAGCAGACUAUCAAAAUAAGUGCUGCAUUAAAACCAGGUCACAUUUUUAUCAGGACAGAAAGAAAAAGUUAUAUUGAAUACUCUUUGGAAAACAUUAUUGUUGAUGAUGGUUUCCCUGCUGAGUCAGUUUUGGCUAACAAUGACAAAUGGGUGUUAAAAAACUUCAUGUUCAUAAGCUACCAUUCAUUUUUGUUAGUGUGUAUAUGUGUCCCCUUUCUGUCUUUUUGGUGGUUGUUUGCUAGCCAUACUCUUGUGUUUUCUUUACUUUUGUAAUCAAUAGGAAAAAUGAACAUACACUCAAUCAUGUGUUGCUUUGUCAUACAGGGCCAAAGACACAAUCUUCCUUUUGACAAACACCAUACUAACACCAUUGGCAUCACACAUGGAGAGCUUUAAAUUCUGUCCAGUCCUUAGUAUCUCAGCAAAACACCCGCAAGUCAAAAAACAUCAAAACUUGGUCUCAACAAACUGGCUUCUUUAUAAGUAAACAUCAGAUGGCUGUUGGUCAUCUUCCCAGGCAGAGUGGACUGUAAUUCUCAGUGUAUUACUGUUAUAAAUUCAAAUCCCACCAAACUAUUCCAUUUCACCAACCAUUCCAACCAUUAAUAACCAUCCGGGAAAAUAAAGUCCCUAACAGAUUGCUUUGCAGCUGCAGGUUCUGUUAUCUCAGACAGCAAUAAAAAUGACACUAAGAGGUGAGACAGUUGAACGUGGACUAUUUUUAAACCUGAUGCACAAAGACCUACUGGAUGUACUGAUCCUCUAGCACCUUGAUUCAACCUCUUUGUCUUACUCACUAGCAGGCAGCUUAUACAAAUACAAGUCAGCAGUGUUUCCUUUUUGACAUAAUACUAAGUCCAUUACAAAUCACUGGAUGGCCUUAAGACUGCAGGCAGUGGCAUCUGCAGUGUGUGUAAUGUGAAAGAUAAUUCAACACGUUCUGUUUCACCAACAACACUCAUCAGAUGUAGAAUGUGUUUAAUGCUGGUAAAUUGUAAGAAAAACAGGAAAUAGUACCCAACCAAGGGGUUCAUUUCCAGCCUGGCUUUACCUUUCAGCUGUCGAUUAAAAUUAGAGUUUCCACUAGUGAAGGGACAACAAAGCUUCAUAAACCAUUUGCUUUAUGUUUUGACUCCACUAGAUGGCGGUCUUGGCUUUAAGAAAAAGGCUUCAGCAAUGGUAAUUGAGUGUGUUUUCAGCCCUUUGUUGAGCAAAGAGCGCCACCUAGUGGGCUCCAUAAAUAAAGCAAAUGGUUCACCAAGCUUCUUGUCUUUUUUUUCUAAACUGUUCUUCCUUUGUAAGAAUGUAAGCAAUUUUUGUCUUGUUUCAAUCCAGCUUGGAUGAAAAGCAUGUACUACAAUAAAUGUAGAGAAGUGGAAAAAUGUAUUAUGUUGGCCUGUUUAUAGUACCCUUGACGAAACUGUUGAAAUCUAGAUUGUUUGAAUUUUGUAACUUCUACUUUUUCAGAUGCUUACUGAGCACAACCUGCUACAAAUAAAUGUAUUCAAUGUGCAACAUGCUCAGGCCUGUGCUGUAUGAGUCUGAGUGUUUAUAAGGCGAUCAGAAUGUAAGUUACGGGUUUGUAUUCAUGCCAUACUUGUCAGCAGAUUGUUACCUGUGAACCAUCUGUAAUAAAUAACUACAUUUUAA